AUGUCAACAAACGCACCAGUCAAGCUGAAUAUCAGUGAUUUACCAUCAACUUCACGUUGCCCUGUUCACUGGCAUGCCAGCCUUAAUAAUACUAUGUGUCACUCUGGUAGCAGUAUUUCGGACUUGUAUGACAUAGUCAACACUAUCAGGUCAAUGAUGAUCAGUGAUGCCGAUAAUCUUGAAGUGAACCUUGUCCUGGACCUCGCAAGGGCAAGAUGGGAUGUCGUCAACGCAGAGAAAGUGCUUGCUGACUGUGUGGUCUGCAAACACGAAGUCUUGGCAAAUCUCUCCAAGCACAAAUUCAAUAUUUCGAAGCAGAAGCUCACCAAGGCGGAUGUAGGAAUAGCUCACAUGCAGAUAACAUUUCAAAAACAUGGUCUCUCUCACCACAGACCCGCACAGAGUGUUUUGCAAGAAUCACUCGAAUGUCAUCACAUCACGGUCCAGCUAGAUUAA